GGAGCGGCGGGGCUGGGCUCGGCUGGGCUCGGCUGGGCUCGGCUCGGCUCGGCUCGGCUCGGCUCGGCUCGGCUCGGUCGGAGCGGAGCGGCCCCGGCAGCGCCGCGCGCUCCCCGCGCCAAUCGCGCUCAUUGAGGAGCUUCCCCCGCGCCCGUGACGCGCCCGCGGGGCCGCGCCCCCAUUGGCCGAGGAGCGAGGGGAAGAGGGGGAGAAGCAACCAAAGCCAGAGGCGAGGCAAUGCUGCUGCCAGACACCUUUUCCUGCAGGAUCCAGUCCUGCCGGACCCGCCACGAACCUGCCAGGCAUUCCAGCUCAACCCCCAGAUCCUGACCCGGUGCAUUUCAGGAUUGGGACUCAAUGAUCCUUGUGGAUCUCUUCCAACCCGGGAUAUUCCAUUAAUCCCUGUCGCUGGCCCUACAUUUCAAUUCGCCCUCUGAUCCAGCUUUUUUUUUUUUCUUUACCCCUGAAAAGGCAAAUUCUCCGUGGUCAUGUUGAAAUUAAAGCAGCGUUUGAGCCUAAAAAUAGCUGGACACAUCUGUCCGCCUUCCCCAUCUGCCACGGGCCUGGCUGGAUGAAGGAAGCGACUGUCUGUGCAAAAGGAGGGACCUGUCUCAUCCUUCUGUCCCGUAAAAUCAGUUUAUUCAGGGAAAAUAAUCCCCAACACUCCAUUGAUUUGCCAGAUAACGCCCUAGUCAAGGAAGGACAGGAGGAGCUGGGCUCUGCUCAGCAGCUCCUCUAAAUAAAGUAAUUUUUUUUCUUUAAAUUUGAGGUUUUUCGGCUGGUUUUGGAAUUCCUUUCAUGGAAUAAAGCUCCCAAUGGAAAUCCUUUCAAGGCACCCCAGCUCCACACGGGCUUGUAAUAAUCUAUCAGCGUUUAACGCCGCGUUCCUUGGGAAGAGGAAGCGGCUGAUUGCAGGGACUGGAGCUGGAAGCAGCUCUAAUUUCUCUCGAGUGAUUCCUUAAGGACGAGUGGCGCAGUAAUAACAGCGUGGCAGCGGAGGAAGAGCCGUGCCCAGCGGCCAGAGCAGGGCUGGAGCCGCCUGGAGCCCUGGCACCAGCCAAGCCCCCCGGCCCGUGGGGUGCUGCUGCUCCCGGGGACCCCCAGGAGACCCUGGGGAACCCUCCGAGGGUCGCAACCCACUUUCAUACUGGGGAAACUGAGGCACGGGCGGCUACAGAAGCAUGGGGAACUGGCACGGGGCAGCUGGGAUGGCCCUGGAGCUGCUCCAGGAGAGGCGUGAGCUCAUCUGGGAUCACCUGCCCGGUGACUCACGGCCGCAGCGCUGCUCCACAUACUUUCCAACGAGGUUUCAUUGGCUGCGCGAGCUCCCACGGCCCCACGAAGCCAUCGGCACCGCCGUGACACCGGCGACCAGCUAUGGACCGUGCCCCGUCACCCACAGCACCGGAAACCCGGAGCUGGGCUGGACCCAGCCCUCGCACGGGGCCGGGGAUGGAAAACCGGUCGGAGAACUUUUCUCCCUUCGGCAGCCGCAGGACGAGCGCGUGAGCCCGGGCUGAGCCGGGUGGAACAGCCUUUCCCGGCCUUUCCCGGCCUUUCCCUGCCUUUUCCCGGCCCUGCCAGCAGCGAGGGGGCUCACCCACCCCAAACUGCCCCGUGAAGGGCGAGGGAAGGGAGAGCUGUGCCUGGGGGAGCCGGGGAUCCGUCCUUCCGUCCAUCCUACGGCUGCUCCUCCGCUGAUCUCACCGUGCUGGUGCCAUUUCCAGCCCAUCCCGAACCCCUGCCGCACCCCAAAAGAGCCAGGGGGUUCCCCGGGGGUCGGGCUGGGUGUCCCUGGGCUGGGCUGCCCCUCAGCCUGGCUGCCCACCCCGCUGGCGGGGCUAAUCCCCAGGGAAGGGACGGAAAAGGGGAGAUUAAAUUAGAUUAGCUGGAGCCGCCUAAUUUUAGCGUCCUCACGUGUCACUGACACACUGCUCCAGCUCUUCCCCUGCUUCCCCCAACCCCGUGUGACCCCCAAAGCCGCCAAGGCCACCAGUCAGCACAGGAGGCAUCCAAAGGGGCUUUGGCUGGGUGGUGGCACCCAGAGUGGCUGGGCUUGGGGGUCACUAGACCCGUGCCAGGAGGGGACUGGGGGUGAGGGCCACCUUCCAUGGCCAUGGCCACCCUGGGGUGGGGCUGGCCACCCUCCACUAGUGACAGUCACUCUCUAUCGGUGACAACCAUCUGCCUCCAGGGAUGGUCACCAUUCCUCGCUGGUGGCCACCUUCCCCUUGUGGUGGCCACUGCCCACUGGCGAUGGCGACCCUCAGCCUUGGGAUCAUUUCCACCCCAAGCAGCCCCCUCUGCAGGGGGACCCUCCACUCUGGCAUACCCCCUUUCCCCCUCCGCUGCUGGCUCCUGCCCUGCACGUCCUGUUCACCACAGCAUGAAGAUGACCUUGGCCUGACCAGACCUGCCUCGGGGCAGUGCCAGCUCAUCCAGCUGCGCAGGAGCCCUCCAGCUCCAUCAAACAUCUCCUGAUCCAUUGGACGCUUCACGGGACCAGCCUCGUGACACCACAGCCAGAGGAGAUGGCUGGCCCCUUCCAUUCCCAGGAGCCACACUGUCCCCAACACCCCAGGAAGGUCCCCGACACACCAGGAAGGUCCCCAAUAUCCCAGAAAAAUCCCAAAAGUCCCAGGAAGGUCCCCAACACCCCAGCAAGGUCCCAAAAAUCCCAGUCCAGCACCCAAAGCCUGGAUGCUGGAGCUGGCAGGAGUGGUGGCAGGAGGAAAUGUGUCCCCAAAAGCCAGCACAGCCAGAAGCAGGGAGAGCUGAGGAUCAUCCUGCAUCCCAGAGGGGCCGUGCCAGGUGCCACCAAAGCUGGCACAGCUCCGAGGUCAAAAGUCCCGGUCAGGACACAGGACCCUGAGUCACUCUGCCCUGGCAUGAGCAACUCCCAUGUGCAGCACUUUCCCAAUCCCAGCGGAAAGGGGAGGUUUCUCCUGCCUCCCCGGGGCGCUUUCCGUGGGCACCGCCACGUCCCACGGCGUGGGACACGCCACGUCCCCGAUGCCACCGAACUGGAGCAGGGACACGGGCAGGGAGCGCUCGGUGCCGGGGGCUGGUCCCCACCUCUGCCCAGGGCACCCUCAUCCUUUCUCCCGGCGCGGGUGAGCCGGGUCCUGGGGGUCUCGUGGGGGUGGGAGAGCCACCCCGAAGGUCCCGUGCCACAGCCACGUCCAGCUCGCCCCGACCCCGUGAGAUCCUCCCCGCCCCAUGGCCCAGAACUCGGACCUGGGGAAGGCACAAAAGCCGUGCCAGAAUCCCACCCCCAGCCCUGCGCUGCCCUGGCAGCGUGGCAAAGCCACGUGCGGGUGGCCGCGCCCGCCAGCCCACCCUCGGGUCUGGGGGAGGCACAGGGAACGGGGGCGAGGGGCUGGGAGCCCCCUCCUGCCCCCCAAUCCCAGCCCAAAGCCACGGCGCUGCUGGGGGCGCAGAGGGGCUGAACCCCCGGUGCCCCAAGUCUCGAGGGAUUGCUGGGGCCAGCCCAGAGCCCUGCCUGGGGUGCGGGAGCGGAGCUGGGCUCUGCCGCGAUCCCUGCUCAGCACAGGCAGCGUCUCCCUCGCUCCCCGGCGGAACGAUCACGCCUCAAAGACCCCGGCCACGUGUAUUCGCACAAUUCCCUCUGACAGGCGGAAAAUCACCCCAAACAUCACACCCCACCUUGCUCCAGCGUUAUCCCACCUGGGCGAGGCCGGGGAUUUGAGGAACUCCCUCCACCCGGGCAUCGGCCCCGGCCCAGCACCCAUCCCGGGGUCCCCUGGCACCCUCGGCUGCUCCGCUGUCACCCCUCUGUGCCUCACCCGCCGCAGGUGCCAAGCCGGGCUCAGGGAGCACCAACUCCCUCCGCAGCCCGAAUCCGGGGCGAAA